AUGUUCUUCUUCGGCCUAGGGAAACUGUUCUACGUCGUCAUCCUCUUCAUCAACUCCCUCGCCAUCCUCUCCGAAGACCGCUUCCUCGCCAGAAGUACGUCCACACAGCUCCCGGAGAACCUCAACCUCCAGAACCUUCCCCCCUUUGGAACUCCUCAGCUAACCAAGCUCCCUCCCUCCCAAACAGUCGGCUGGGGCCGCAUGCAAGCCGACGCAGCCUUCGGCGCAACCUACGACAACACCAGCGUCAAGGCCAAAACCAUCAAUCUGAUCGCCAGUGUCCGGACCGUCAUGCGAAGUACGUUCUUUUUCCUCCCUAUGCCCUAUCCCACCGAGACCUCAAGCCAUAUACUCCGAGCUUUCCCCCUCCCCCCAGACACCCUCGCGCAAAACCACUCAUCUCCCGCACUACACCGCGAGUCCAGAAACCAACUAACCUCCAAAUUCCCCCUGCCUCCGACGGAGGGUAGGGGGAUCGGUAUACAGUACCCUUAA